AUUUUAAGUCAUUGCCUGUCAUCUGGCUGGAAUGCGCUCCUCACACACUGCAGCUCUCAACUCAACCACACGUGCUGUUAUCUUCUUUCUUCACAGUCCUGCUCACAGCGAAUAUAACUGCUUUAAUCGACAGCGUUGGUGCUUAAACACCUCAGAAUGUCUGGCACUUAUUACACAACACCAUCUCCUCCGAACUCCAGUGAUUUAGGGUUGGAGGCAAACAUCACAUUAUGUCAGGACUGGGAAAAUGCCCAUCACCUGCUGUUCCACCUGGCCAACCUGAGUCUGGGUCUGGGCUUCCUCAUCCCAACUACAAUAGGCCUUCAUAUGAUCUUCCUCAGACUGCUGCUGAUGACAGGCUGCUCUCUGUUCAUAGCAUGGGCCACAUUAUACAGAUGUACACUGGAUGUAAUGGUGUGGAAUGUGGUUUUCCUUCUGGUGAACUUCAUGCAUUUUUUCUUCUUGGUUUAUAAACGCAGACCGAUUAAGAUUGACAGGGAGCUUAAAUCAGUAUACAAGCGCAUGUUCGAGCCCCUGCAUGUACGCGAGGCUCUGUUUCAGAAGCUGACCGGCCAGUUCUGCACAAUCCAAACCUUAAAAAAGGGCCAGGUGUAUGCAGCAGAAGAUAAGACCUCUGUGGAUGAGCGACUUAGCGUUCUUCUCAAAGGAAAGAUGAGGGUAUCUUACCGAGGUCAUUUCUUGCAUAAUAUUUACACCAACUCCUUCAUCGACUCUCCAGAGUUCAGGUCAACUCAGAUAAACAGAGGAGAAAGGUUCCAGGUGACGAUAACUGCUGAAGAGAACUGUAAGCUUCUGUGCUGGUCCAGAGAGCGUCUGACGUACUUCCUGGAAUCAGAUUCUUUUCUGAACGAGGUGUUCAAGUAUCUCAUUGGUAAAGACAUCACCAACAAGCUUUACUCCCUCAAUGAUCCAACACUGAGUGACAAGGCUGUGAAGAAGAUGGACCGUCAGCCGAGCCUGUGCUCUCAGCUCUCUAUGAUGCAGAUGAGGAACAGUAUGGCCAGCACCAGUGACACUGAUGAUGUGCUCAAUCAGAUCCUGAGAGGCGGGUCGGCCGGGUCAUUGCACCCUGUGACCUCAGAUCGGGCCUGAUGGGGUAGAAAACUCUGCCAAAAGCAUCCACGUCUAUGAAGCCGAUUGAAGAAGGAAUGGAAGAUGAUGUGUUUGAACCUGAAUCCCCCACCACCUCCCAGAACAUUUCCAAAACCCCCAGAGAAGAUAUAUAAAGGAUAUAUUUCAUCACAAGCUUUUCUGCAAGACUCUUGGGUUUUACUGAAUGUUCUGGAAUACAGUGAAGAAUGUCAUAUUAAUUACAAAAGGAAAAUUAUUUUGGUAACAUUUACAGAAAGGUUCCAUUUGUUAACAUUAAUUAAUGCAUUAGGUAUCAUGAACUAACAAAACAUUAUUUUACAUAAUAUUAUUUACUGCAUUUAUUCAUCUUUAAUUUUAGUUAAUAAAAAUACAAUUGUUCAUUGUUAGUUUAUAGUGCAUUAUCUAAGGUUAACAUACAGUAUACACUGGUGGCCAAAAGUUUGGAAUAAACUACAGAUUUUGCUGUUUUGGAAGGCAAUUGGUACUUUAAUUCACCAAAGUGGCAUUCAACUGGUCAAAGUCAGAACAUUACUGAUGUAAAAAAAACACCAUCACUAUUUGAAAAAAGUCAUUUUUUAUAAAAUCAAGACAGCAGCAUCACUCCAACACCUUAUCCUUGAGUAAUCAUGCUAAAUUGAUAAUUUGGUACUAGAAAAUCACUUGCCAUUAUAUCAAACACAGUUUAAAUCUAUUUGGUUCAUUAAAUGAAGCUUAACAUUGUCUUUGUGUUUGUUUUUGAGUUGACACAGUAUGCAAUAGACUGGCGUGUCUUAAGCUCAAUAUUAGGUAAAAAAUGUAAAAAAGAAACGGCUUUCUCUAGAAACUCAUCAGUCAAUCAUUGUUUUGAGGAAUUAAGGCUAUACAAUGCU